CCUCGCACGAAUUCGUCAAGGGUACCUUUCAUUUCUUCAAAUUUUAAUUUUUUAGUAGUCACUUGAUGAUGUUUGAACAGACUGUACUGAAGAUUACCAGUAAAACACUCAAUUCUUCCCUUCAAAGCCAAUUCAACUGUUCUUGAUCACGACAUUCAAUCUUCACACCCACCAAAAUUCACGCAAGAACCCUAAAAUCCCAAAUUUGUUUUCAUGAGAUACAGAGAAAGAGGAGCUUCAGAAGCAUCAUUAAUGGCGAAUGUAGGUGGUGCUGGUAUGAGCUCCAUGAUCGUCAAUGGCGGCGAGAUAUGGAAAGCUCACGGUGCCUUGGUUUUGGUUCAGCUCUGUAAUGGCGGAUACCAUGUUAUUACUAAACUUGUUCUUAAUGAAGGUGUUAAUCAGAUCGUUUUCUGCGUUUUUCGCGACCUUAUUGCUCUCUCAAUCCUUGCUCCUCUUGCUUAUGUUCGCGAAAAGCGAGUUCGACCACCAAUUACAAAAAAUCUUCUCGUUGCAUUUUUCUUCCUUGGGCUUACCGGGAUUUUUGGAAACCAACUUCUGUUUCUUAUUGGUCUGAAGUACACAAAUCCAACAUAUGCUGCAGCUAUACAACCUUCUAUUCCUGUAUUUACUUUCCUCUUGGCCACGAUAAUGGGCACAGAAACUGUGAAUUUAUAUAGAGCUGAAGGGAAAAUGAAGGUUGCAGGCACAUUUUUGUGUGUUUCUGGUGCUGUUUUGAUGGUUGUAUAUAAAGGGCCGUCUAUACUUGGACAAAAAGAAGAGAUGGAACUGCAGGGUGAAAUCAGUGCCAAAGGACAGCCAGAACCAGUUGGAUGGCUUGUUGCUAGGACCAUGGAAUUUGGGUUUGACACAUUUCACCUUGGUGUACUUUGUCUUAUUGGGAACUGUGUGUGCAUGGCAACUUAUCUUGCAAUUCAGGCUCCAGUUCUGAAGAAAUACCCAGCAAGCCUCUCAGUGACAGCAUAUUCAUAUUUUUUUGGUGCUCUUCUUAUCGUUACUUCUUCGUUUUUUAUGGCCAAUGACCCGACAAGCUGGAGUAUGAACCAUGAUGAACUGUUUGCUGUUUUCUAUGCUGGAAUCAUUGCAUCUGCCCUCAACUAUGGACUUAUCACAUGGUCCAAUAAAAUAUUGGGGCCUGCAUUGGUCGCUCUUUACAAUCCACUUCAACCUGCAGCAUCUACCUUUUUGUCACUUAUCUUUCUAGGAAGCACCCUAUACCUGGGAAGUGUGCUAGGAGGCUCUUUAAUUAUUGCUGGCUUAUACAUGGUCACCUGGGCAUCCUACAAAGAAAAGCAAGCUGCUGCGGGUAUACCUUCUGAACCUCUAAUUCACAAAGAUUCUUCACUCAGCAAGAUGCACCAGCAAGGACUCAUUUUUGCUGGGUCAUCAUCUUCUUUAUACAAGGUUUUGGAUUAGGUGAAGAGCUAUACAAAUGUACAGCAAGCAUAAUGGUUCCAGAAGGAACUAUCGCCAGGAACUGUGGUUGAUAUUGUCUAUAUCAAGAUCCAGGGCACACGAAUUCUGCAGAUAGCGUUAUGGAAAAUAUGUUUCAAAGAGACAGCACGCUGAUGGUUGUAUAUAUGCUAGCUAUAUUGGCCAAAUCUAUCACUAGAUUUGGCUUUUUUCACAUGGAAUUUGGAGCAAGCUUCGCAUUGAAAUAGAGAUUUUCAAUUUGCAUAAUUACUUAUGUUCAAGAUCAUUUGUUGUAGCCAAUUAUAUUAUUCUCUUUGUAACGACAAAAAAGUCCUUUCUGAGAGGUUUUAUACUUUAAUAUAUGCUAUGCAAACGUGAUUCUAUAUGCA